GCCCAUUUGUACGGGUGGUCAGUGUGCCUUCCUCGCAUACCCAGAACGCACGUAUACAUCUCCAAUUGCGCGCGGGGUACCCACGCAUUUCUCACCUGGCCCAGGAACCGCGCCAAAACCGAUCCUCUUUGCUCUCCAUUUCGUCCCCUUCCUUUUCCCCUACCCACCAGUGCUUCCAAGCAUUUGGCCAGAGCCAUUGUGCACAGCAGUUGCUGAGCAAACCCCAGCACCACCAAAACCCACUCACUACCUUACACCACAGGCAGCACCCGAUCCGCCGCCCAGCAGUGAGCGUCUCCCAAAAUCCGCUCCAAGAAACCGAGGCCGCGUCGCCAUCAACUGCUGGGCCGCAUUUUUAUGCGCUGCCAAUCCCCUGAUCCCCAAAUCCCUUUCGAGGUCAAGUCGAAAUCAUGGCCGAACAGUGUAUUGUUUGUCUGGAGAAUCUGGACACAGCUGUGUCGGCGACCGAGGACGCGACGUCUGGAGAUGCUGCGGUUGGCCAGAGCGGAGGCGAAAGGAGCUUUGCCGCGGGCGAGCCCUCGUCAAACCGCGGCGGCGGUAGCAGCACCUCCGCCGCUAGCACCGUCCUCGAUCCCACCCCCGGCUCUCACCACCCCAACGGCGACGUCGCCGUCAUAAAUGCGUGCGGCCACAGCCUGCACAACUCCUGUCUGCAGGCAUGGGCUGCCAAGGCGAACAGCUGCCCCAUCUGCCGCCAUUCUUUCCAUUUGGUCGACGUUUACGAUAGCGUUGGAGGUAAUCUACUCAAGUCCUACAGAGUCGAGGACAAAAAGCAAGUCGUCGAGUUCGACCCGCAAGCAUGGCUCAACGAGAACCCCGACGACGAGGACGACGAGGAGACGACGCCCUGUCCUGUCUGCAACUCCGACAGCGACGAGGACGUGCUCCUGCUGUGCGACGGGUGCGAUGCAUCAUACCAUACCUACUGCAUCGGACUCGAGGACAUUCCUGACGGCUCGUGGUUCUGCAUGGAGUGCGCUCCUGUCCUGGGCGAUUUCGAGGAUACCCGUCCGCCUCGCCGCUCCAACAACCGCCGGCGCAAUGACUUCUUCCCGCGCACUCGUGCCACCAUGCGGCGUGCUCGGAGGCGCGCGCGCUCCGAUGAGUGGCAGGGCGCUUGGGGCGAGAUCACCGGCCGCGUCUUCGACGCUCUUGAUAUCGAUCUCGACUCCCACGACGGAGAUGAUGGCCUGUGGGAGUACCGCAGGUCGAGGCAGCUGCGUGAGCGGGAGCGGCGCGAGUACGAGAACUGGCAGCAGCGCAUUAAUAUCGCGUCGCGUCUCGGGCUCCGAGAAAUAUUCGCCGGGAACAUGCCGGCCUCGCUAAUCACCCACGCCAAUACCCAGCAGGCUGCCCCUCCACCUGAGACCCCCGAGGUGCAGCGUGCGUGGGCCACUCUCGACAAGGCCCGCGAGCAUAACGGCGAGGGCUCCAGCGGCCAUCGCAAGCGCAAAUCACGCUCUCUGAGCGCUUCGCCAACAGAGCCCGUCGCCCCGGAGCCCGAAAGGAAGCUGAAGCGGCCCCGCACUCGUCGCAUCGCGGUGACCGGUGAGGCUUCGUCGUCCAGGCCCGAGGCACAGGGCCCUGGCCGUGCUGUGGCCCCUGCGGAACCCACACCCAACGGCAGCGGCUCGGCAUCCAACGCCCGGUCGCCUCCGGCCAUGGAGGAGGCGCCCUCCUUCUUGUCGUCCCUUCUGAAGGAGGUCGAGAAUAGUAACCCGUCUGAUGACGAAGCCAUCAGGAACUUAUUUGGCGACAACCGCGGCCCGGUCGACGCCUCCUCGCCUGGCUCAUCGCCCACGCCUUCAGCAUAUAGCAGCCCUCGCGCGAACUCGCUCACACCGCCUCCCCAGCUUCAGGCCAGGUCCACCCGGCCCACCUCGCCGACAUUGUCACUGAGCUCUCACAUCGAACCCAUCUACCCCCGGGCGAACUAUAUUCCACACAGACCUGCCGCCGAGGCGAGCGACUCGGAGGCUCGGUCGCCGAACCAGGGAGGUUCGGAGCUUCGCCAGCCCCGGCCUAGAAGGUCUCAGGCCGUGAAGCUCCCUCGGUCGCCCGACUCCUCUCCCACCAGGCCGCAACUUCCUCUCGAGAUGAAGGAGAACAUCAGCAGCCUGGUUCGCACCGCGCUGAGCCCGCAUUGGAAGUCGAACAAGCUCACUGCCGACCAGUACUCCAGCAUCAACCGAGACGUGUCCCGGAAGCUUUACGAAGAGAUCACGGAUCCUUCGAGCGUCGACGAGGAUUCCCGUCGGGCUUGGGAGACCAAAGCCAAUCAGGAGGUUGCGCGCGCCGUUUCGGGUCUGUAGGCCUGAGCUCAUGAGCGACUUGAUGAAACGAAGGUUGCCCUCGAGGCUGCAUGAUAUGUAUGAACAGCACAAUAACGGCGUUUUCGGAUGGGAUGAUCUCGUUAGAUACCCAGGAGCAUCGCGGGGUUUUGGUCAGGUGACCCCAAGCUCUGGGGGCCUUUCUUCUUGUCAUAAUUGUUUGUUUUGAGUUUUUCUUGCUUGGUCUUUGGGCAUCUGUCUUUGGCGAAAUGGCGAUCUUUUCAGGCGAACGGGGAAGGGAGCAUGGAACAAGAUACCUCACGUAUCCGCCACGGAAGUGGUUGUGAGGGGAUCAUGUGUUUUUUUUUCGCCCAAGCACGGCGAUUUUUGUUGAUACUAGUUAUUCUCGAUAUGUCGGGACAUCCAAAGCUCAAGAUAAAUGCACACUGUUGGCUGCUGUACCAAAAUCUUGCUCGUCGGCAGUACUAGGAGAG